GCACCCACACACACACACACACACACACACACACACACACACUCCACAGCUGCUGUCUGUUUACAAACACUCAGAUGAGUGCUGGGUAUCUGGCAGCUGUAUUGCAGAGACAAAUCUACACAUGGCUCUUGCUGUGGAGUAAUUUUUCUGCUCACUCUCGCUCACUGUCACGCACUCUCACUGGAUCUCUCCAUCUCCACGUCCUCGCUUGCUUUCUGCACCCUGGGGUCAUUUGCGUGCUGUCAUUUUGCAUAGCGGAGGUUCAUGCCGAUGUAGACUAACCCAUAUCCCAACUACACAGGCUUUGGGUAACAGACAAAGGAGGAAACAGAUAUGCAAACCUAAGUAAAUAAAAUAAAACUCCUUGCCCUCUCUGCUCCUGGGCGAUUCUGUUAGUAAGGAAGAGGCUUUUUAGUGUCACUGGUGAACAGAAUAUUAGGGCCUAAGUUUGUUUUCAUGCAAAUUCCAGAUGUCUAAAACCCCAUUUAGUUCUAAUCCUGACAGCAGGGCUGUCCUGAAUCCUGCAGGACCUUCCAGGACCACAGAUGGUUCCUGACACCAAGUUGAGUGACUCCGGUGAAGCUGGACUUCAGGCUGAAAGAGACGCAACCUAAAGUCCAGUCCCUGGGACCUCAGGCGGUCCAGGUCUUUGCUCUACCCAGUGUAUCAAGCACCUGAGUCAGGAAACCAAGGGCCAGGGUGCAAUAGGGGGUUAGGGUUGGAGGGAAUACUUGGCUUGGCUGGAAGUAAUUGAGGACUGGACUGAGAACUGUGGUCUAUCAUGACCUCGUUCACUGCCGUUAUAAAAUAAACAUUCUUGCGUGUGGAAACGCGGACAGACACCCACAUGUUAUGUAAGACUGCGGGGAAGUCAAAACCAAAACUUAACUGCACCCGAAAACCAUUGUUAUCUGUGUGCAGUCAAAGCUAAAACAAGACAUAUCAUAGCGAUCAGAUUAUCGGUGGCCUCCAUAGCUUUGAAGAUUUGCAGGGGAGACGCCAACACUCUGUGGGCCGAGGUUUUGUAAGGCCAAGGCUCGUCUGAAGCACACUCAUGAAAGAAUGGUGAGUUUUUGCUCUAAGGCUUGCGGUUAGGAGAUAGGGAUAGAGGUUAAGGAGGAUGGGGAUUACAGGUUAGAGUAUGGGGAUUAAGAAUUAGGAAAAAGUCUUUAGUGCCUGGAAAAACCAUUUUAUUGACAGGAUUUCUAUGAGACAGGUUACAUUUAACUCACUUCUUUAUCCAAAGCGUCUUACAAUUAUGACUGAAUACAACUGGAGCUAUUGAGGGUUAUGAACCUUGCUGAGGGGCUCAACAGUGGUAACCUGGGGAGAGAGGAGCUUGAACUGGCAAUCUUCUGAUUAAUGGUUGCAUACCUUAACCACUGAGCUACCACCACCCCUUGCUAAGAACUCUGUGUACUAAAUUUGGGACGUGUGGUUAAAAAUGUCCAUAAUCAUUUUUCCAUCUCUUAUCUGCUAUUGUUCAGUUUACAGGCUUGGCUAAACUCCAAUGAGGUCACUGUGGGUUUCAGAUACUGUACGCAAAUGCCAUUCAGUGAUUGUUCAUCCUGCUUGAGAACUAAAUAAUGGAAAUCUACUCGCACACACACCAACAGAUCAGUGAUGGACAGGACAGAUGAUGAGUUGGACACCUGCAUGUCCAACAAGGGCGGAGAAAAGGGCGGAGACAAGGGCGGAGACAGAGGGAAAGGCGGGGAGAGUGCAGGUGUCAGAGGCACCCCAGGCCUCUCUCUGCAGCUGAAGGCUGUGAUGCGGAUCCGUAGUAAGUAUCUCCGGCGGGGGCGGUCUGAGCAGUGCCCCGCCCCCCACGCCCUGCUGCGAGGUCGUCUGCCUGGCCCUUCCUCCCUGGGGGGUUCCACCUCAGCCCGCCCAGAGAGCCCCCACCGCCGGAGGGGUCGCAGGCGAACUAAAGGGGUGCUGUUCCCCAGCGACGGCAGGAAGUACCUCCCAAAGAACAAAGAGCAGAGCCGGGCCAAGCCCUUCCUCUUCCUCUUCAUCAUCAUUGUCUUCAUGCAAGUAUACAAUGCCAUAGAGAACCUGGAUGACCACAUGGAGAAGUACGACCUAGAGGGCUUGGAGCGGACCCUGCACAGGGAGGUGUUUGGCCAGCAGGAGGCGCUACACUCGCUGAUGUACCACCUGCGGGACUAUCUAUCUACUUACGCCCACCAGCGCCCCCUAGUGCUGUCGCUGCACGGCGCGCACGGUGUGGGGAAGAGCCACCUGGGUCGCCUGCUGGUCCGGCACUUCCGCUCUGUGGUGGGGGCAGAGCUCGUGGUGCAGUACUUCUCCCUGCACCACUGCCCCCUACAGGACAGUCCCGAGUUCUGCGCCUCCGAGCUUGCCGGCCGCGUGAAGGAGGUGGCGGCUCAGGCGGAGGAGGCGGAGCUCAUCCCGCUCAUUCUCCUGGACGAGGUGGAGCUCCUGCGGCCGGCACUGCUGGACGGCCUCCGGGAGCUCCUGCAGCUGCAGCGCAACGAGCUCCUGAACAUUGUCUACAUCUUUCUCAGCACGCUGGGCGAUGGGGAGGUCACAUCGCAUGUGCUUCAGAAUGGUACUGUUGCGGGGGCGGCCAGACUCCUCCGGAACAUGCUCCCACGCCUGCACUCACUCUGGGCGGAGCCAGGGGUGGAGCUUAUCCCUCUGUCACUGCUGGAGCGAGGCCAUGUGGUGCAGUGCUUCCUGGAGGAGAUGACGGAUGAGGGGUUCUACCCUGACCCCGGCUACGUGGAAAGACUGGCAGGGGAGCUGGCCUAUCACAGAGCAGGAGGGAAGCAGUAUGCAAAGACUGGCUGCAAACAGGUGGUGGCCAAGGUUAAUCUCCUGUGAGAGAGAGAGAGAGAGAGAGAGAGAGGGGGGUUAAUUUUAUUAUAUCUCUUCUUUCAGCAGUGAACUGUGUAAUUUGUGUACUGCUGCAACCUCACAUUAAAGUAAGGCAAUAUGACUAGACUGGU